CUUGAAUCUCAUCUCUCCAAAUACCCAAGUCAACAAUUUCCCACUGAACCACAUAUACCCCGUCGACGCUUGCUAGACCGAAUAUCUGCUGUACCGGCCGGUGCUGGUGCAACACUAUCCAAGAUGAACCGCCUAUUUGGCUCCAAAAGCACGGCACCGAAACCUACCCUCAACAGCGCCAUCACAAAUGUCGAAGCACGGUCAGACUCAAUCGACGUCAAGCUAGCCAAGAUCAACGCCGAACUCUCCGGAUAUCAAGCCAAACUAUCCAAGAUGCGGGACGGACCUGGCAAGCAAGCGAUCAAGCAGAAAGCGCUCAAGGUGCUACAGCGACGCAAAAUGUAUGAGUCACAGAGAGAUCAGUUACAACAACAGGCGUGGAAUAUGGAACAGGCCAAUAUGAUGCAAGACAAUCUGAAAAACGUCAUGACCACAGUGGACGCCAUGAAGACGACAAACAAGACCCUCAAGCAACAGUAUGGCAAGAUCAACAUCGACAAGAUCGAGCAGAUGCAGGAUGAAAUGGCGGAUCUAAUGGAGAUUGGAAAUGAAAUCAAUGAGAGUAUCAGCCGUGCGUAUGAUGUCCCUGAAGACGUUGACGAGGCCGAGCUUGAUGCGGAGCUGGAGGCCUUGGGUGAAGAUAUGAUGUUUGAGCAGGAAAUGGGAAUUGGUGAAAGUGCGCCGGGCUUCUUACAGGAUGAGGUUGCUCCGCCACAGUUCAUUGAUGAGCCGCCUGAGCAAGCAAAGGUCAAGGAGGCUGCGGGUGGAGUUGGCUAGUUGGUGACAAGUGGCGAGGGAUAUGUCAUGUUGGUUUUACUUGAGCGUUCAGUUCAGCCUUGAUCCUUUUGCCGCUUCCUACAGUUAUCAGGUGAUAAGAUUUGCACUUUAUUCACUGUUCGAAU